GUUGGACAACAACAAACGUAGAGCAUAAAGGAAGAGUGUUAGGAAGGAAAACGGAAAAGUCAAACGAGUAAGCAGGAUGCGACACAGAAUACCUUCUCUUUAAACUGUAGGAUGGUUUGUUAAUUAUUAAGAAGAAAACGUCAUAUAACAUAGUAAGAGACCAGAUUGCAGCUAUGACGAAUGUGUACUCCUUUGACGGCAUCCUUGUAUUUGGGCUGCUGUUCAUCUGCACUUGUGCAUACCUCAAAAAGGUGCCUCGUCUCAACAGCUGGUUGCUGUCAGAGAAGAAAGGAGUGUGGGGCGUCUUCUACAAAGCUGCAAUAAUUGGGACAAGGCUUCACAUCGCUGUGGCGAUUUCCUGCUUGAUUAUGGCCUUUUAUGUCAUCUUCCUGAAAUGAUAGUCACAAUGGACCGGACAGACUGCGUGGCUGCUGGCUGAGAAUGGACUCAUCUCUGUGGUUCUGUGUCAAUCCUUGCCAUGGGGGCUGCCUCCAAGUGACAAGUGGACCCUUGUAAAUAUCAAGCCAGUGCUGCCCCCUUCUGGAGACUAGGCAUAUAACUCUUCCCUGAAUAUGUAUGCACUACGGUGAUGGAGGAUAUUGUGAAUUUACAGAUUCUUCAAUUGGGAGAGCCUGCUGGUUCUCUUGAUUUCAUUCUGUCGUUGGGUUGUAUCAUUUGUCUUAAUUAAGACACUCACAUGAUUAUUAUUAAUAUUGUACUUUAAAACAGCAGUGUGAAGGGUGAAAUGUUCAUACACUUUACCUGUGUACAAUUUAAAAUUUGCCACACUGUACAUAUUAAUAAUAGAAAUCCAAUGAUUAAUUCCACUUGCUCCCAGUUAUACUGUUGUUUAUGUAUUGCUUUUCCUAGCACCGGUGGAGGGAAAGAUAAAGCUAAUAUAUUAAUAUAUCCUUGUCUAUACUUUUUAUUUUUUAAUUGCUUUUAAUCUUGUACAUUUUCUUACUAGCGCCUUUUAUGUUUGGCAUUUCCUAAACGUAUUUCGGGUUUGAAGGACACUUUUUGUACAAGUUUAUGUCCCAUUUGUUUGAUUGUCACCACAGAAGCUUCUCCACAUUUUGUCUUGUUACAAUCCAAAAUAUCAUUGUGCUUUACUGGAAUUAUAUGUGAAGUACUGAAACAAAGUAGUUCAUAUUUGUGAAGCAGAAGGAAAAUGAUGCAUGCUUUUCAAAUAAAAGAAAAAACAAAAAUGUGGUGAGUAUCUGAAUUCAGAUCCUCUAAGUCAAUACUACUAGAACUGUUUAUGCUGCACACAAACAGUUUCAUGUUUUGUUUUGGGGUUUUUUGCUGUGUAUUUACCAAUUUUCAAAUCACAUUUUUGUUAAACUGUUUAAAUUCAAUUAAGGAUAUGUUUUGAUCUGGACUUUGCGGUUCUGGCUCAGUAAAAAAUCUCCAAAAUACUUUUGUACCUUUUUCUUUCUAAGACUGAUUUUUAUAUAGAACAAUCUUUUGAACAGAACCUUACUAGUUCCUUCUACCUGCUGGAGGACAAAAUUCCUACAGCAUGAUGCUGCCACCACCAUGGUUCCAUGUGAUUCAGGAUGAUGUGCGUUGUUCAUUUUGUUACAAAUUACAUUUCUCACUGUACAUAUUUUAAAAAAAUGAAUAAUAGAAAUCCAACAACAGACAGGUUGGAUUUAUCCCCAACCUGUCUGUUGUGUUCCUUGGUCUUUGUGAAGCCUUUUCUUCUAAAAAAUGUUCUUUAGCUAACCUCUGAGGCCUCCACAGAACAGAUUAGGUGUAAUGAGUACCGAUCUGUUUGUAUGUUUUAAAAUGUUAUGACUGAAAUUAAAUCACACACGUGAGAUUUGUAUAAGUGAAAGGAGAUAUUGAAACAAAAUUUUAUUUCUCUUGACAAUUGGGUGCUAAAUUAUGACCCAUGCAGUCCCUUUAUAAUUUAUACUAAGCAUGUAUUAAUGUGAUGAAAGGGGUUGAGAUCAGUAAAAGAUCUAUCACAACUCUACCAAAUUUGCAGAUCGCCACAGAAGAGCUCCAAAUGAAACUUAAACUAAUGCUAAAUUAGCUGCAUUUAAUUUGCCUGAAGAUGUAAAAGCAUCGGCAAACUGGUUGUGUGAUCAUGCCAAUUUAUUCGUUUGCUGUUAAUCAAACUUCAUUAUUUGUACUAUUAAAAUGCAUUGUUUUGGAGAACUCAGUGAUGUUUUGAUAAAGAAAAAAUGUAAACAGUC